AUGACUCCACCAACUUCUAGAAUCACAAAACCCAAAAGACAAGAGCUAGAUGCGUUCAUUAGGGGCCGAAUUAUAGGUCAAUGGGAGAAGGACGCUACAUAUGAAGAAAUCUCUAAAGUCCUUGACAUUCCGAAGAGCACUGUUGGAAAUGUAGUGAAAGCCUUCAGAGAUAAAGGUGUUUCCAAGCCCUUGACAUGUCUAGGAAGGGAACCAAAGGUUACAAAGAGAACACAAUCUGCGAUGGUGCGCUCAUUUCGUAGUGAGCCAUUCGUGUCAAUUGCGGCUCAGCAUCAGAGAUUAGUCGAUGUGGGAAUAUCUAUCUGCAUGACUACAUUCCACUAUGUGGGAAAGAUUUCUGAGGUGAAUAUGGUGUUAUCAAAGUGGAGAGUGUUAAGUGCUCGGGAGUUCUUAGAAGUCGCAUGUGUUGACUCAUAUAGCUCUACCGGUCAAAGAGAUGAUCUUACAGUAUCUCCAAUAGAAGAACACUCAACUGACCAGUGCCAAUGGUAUGAGUAUUGGACUCUGAAGGUUAUAAUUACAUAG